AUGAUGUCAGCAUUGCAUUAUCACUUUAUUGCUGGGUCAUAUAUUGGUUGCACCUUGAUGCUGGUUGUCACUUAUCUCGUUAUAUACGACUUUUAUGAUGAGAUGUUCGAGUUUUACGAGAUGGUACAGGAAGAUCUUCGAAUCUUUGAGGUGAGUUCGAGUCCAGAUUGACC